CUUCAUUACUUUGCUUGAAACUGUUUGUGCUGUCGUGAAACACACCUGCGGAUAUCGCCGAGAUGUGUGACUGGGAGGAUGUCACUGGCGCGUUCAAGCGCAGCUGCGCAGCACUGCCGCUUGGAGAGUUGGUGCGUGAUCCGCGACUAUCGCUGCACGAUGCACUGCAAGCCAUCGAGCUCAUAGACCCGCGCAUGGACGCUGGCAUGGACGUGAACCUCACUGCCGUCAACACGCUCCAGGACGCUCUCGAUAAUGGCUUGAAGGUCGAUGACUUUUCGGAAGCAGAGCAGAUUGGCCUAAUGGAUCAAAUGUUCAACCUCCUCGCCCUGUGGUACAGAGGCAACAACGCUGGGCAGACGGUGCUGACUUGCAUGUACAUGCAUGAUCCCCGUGUGCUCAAGUGCAAGGAGCUGCAGAUCUUCUUCGAAGGCAUGCUGCAUCUCGUCCAAGCGACGCAAACCAUCUGCCUUCAAGCAUCCUGUUGUGAAGAGGAGGACUUUGUGACUUCGCUCUAUGGCUUUGACAUGUGCUCCUGGAAGCCGUUUGCAGCAGUGCUCGCGGAUAUCAACGCCACAAUGAAAACACAGCCAGAGAACGUUGCUCACAGGAUGCGGCUGCUGUUUCACCUCCUCAGCGCAAUGCAGCAGUACCUCAAGUUCAACGCCAUCCCCAACGGCCUGCGCAUGGCAACGCACGCGCUCAGUGAUCUCGACGCGUGCCUCGCAACGCUCGAGGCAGGAGCGGACGUGUCGUCCGGUGAGCGUGACUCAGCACUCCAGCCAACCAUCAACGGCCACUUGCUUGCCGCCACGCCGCUGCGCGAAAUCGAAUCCAUCACAACGCAGCAGGCGUACGAGUACCUGCGCCACGAGAUUGUCUGCAUCAAGACCGGAAUGCACAUCUUCUCAUGCAGAACACUCCAUGCGCUGCAUCAGUUCUUCGGGCGGUUUGCGCGCAUGGGCGCCGGCGCCUUCGCUCGCUCUGUUGUGCACCGCUGCUUCCUCAACAAGAACAAGUGGGCAGGGAAGAUCGACCCAGGACAGGCGGUGCGGGAGGAUGUGUACAACUGGUGCGGAUACGCAAUCAUGGCCCCAGGAUACAAACCAACCAGGGGAGCUGAGCAGCUGUCGGCAUUUGUUGGUGUUGCGGUUGAGUUUGAGGAGAACACCGUCGCCAUCGCCUGUCAAAACUGCCCGCGACAACGACGCAGACUCGCAAAAGUGUUUACGUCCGCCGCCACGCUCUCAUCGCUGGCGACGCAGGUGGACGUGACGCACCUUGGUGCCGAGAAGCCGAGCCAACACCACCCUCUGACGGCGUGGGCGGGGCGGCGCGCGUGCAUUGCCGGACUCGAAUUCCUCAUGCUCGGACUCGAACUGCAGCUCCACGCGCAGUGGGAACUGCUGUCCGUCUUCUGGUACAUGCGUCACGUCGCCGGGUGGCUGUUGACAAUCGAGACGCGCGCAUUCACGCAACUGCGAGAGGCAGCAGAGGCACAAGCAGCCAGCACCAGUGCUGCUGGUGGUGGUGGGGCCGCGAAGAAGAAGAAAGGCAAAGGAAAGCAGAAGAAACAGAAGCAGCUCGAGCCACCAGACAGCUGGCGCCUCGCGGAUGCAUGGAGCGCGUUUGCAGACGCGUACACCCUGGCGCUGGUUGCGUGUGAUCGUCUGGGGCGUGCACCGCCACCGCCACCGCCACUCGUUGACCCGCGCAUUGUGUUUGAGCACCGCUUUGCUCCGUUCCAGGACGUCGUCAUCCCAUAUCCGGCCAGCUACGACCUCUUCUGCUCGAAGAUUGCAGACCUCGACCACCUCAACGCGGAUGAGCUGUUUGAGAUGGCGGCAAAUGCGUUUGGAAAGGCGGCGUCGGAUAUCUCCACGUUUAAAACGCGGUCCUCCGAAGCGGAACCCCAGUCCCGUCUGGACGCCCUGCAGCGGGUGGCGCAGAGGAACAAGAUUGUCUGCACCAUUGCCACCAAGUCGUUUGCCGACAAGCCUGGGAGCGUUGUCCUCAAGUUUACGGACGACAAGGUGAUGCCCGUCAUCGACCUCAGCUGAACCAACAAGGGAACAUGCACGCGUGUGCACACAAACAAACAAACAAUGUUCACUAAUCCCAAGUAGCCCUCUCGAUGAAAGCAUUCAAAGCUCAA